UGCCCUCCUUCGCCUCCUGGUUCGGAGAGGGAAAAAAUGGCUGCUACGCGGAAGCUGGUUUUGGAGGCUCUUCGGGGCAGAGCAGCCUUUUCCUUUUCUAGCCUGGGCUUCCGGCAUUAUUCCCAGGAGGGUGAAAGCAGCUGGUUCCGCUCGCUCUUUGUGCACAAGGUGGACCCUCGGAAGGAUGCCCAUUCCACCCUCUUGUCCAAAAAGGAAACCAACCACCUCUAUAAAAUCCAAUUCCACAAUGUGAAGCCCGAAUGCUUGGAGGCUUAUAACAGCCUGACGGAGGAAGUCCUUCCGAAAUUGCACUUGGAUGCCAAUUAUCCUUGCGAUUUGGUUGGAAACUGGAAUACAUGGUACGGCGAACAGGACCAAGCAGUUCACCUUUGGCGGUUUUCAGGCGGCUACCCGGCUCUGAUGGAUUCCAUGAACAAGUUGAAACAGAAUAAGGAAUAUUUGGAAUUCCGUAAGGAGAGGAGCAAGAUGCUGCUUUCUCGGAGGAACCAAUUGCUGCUGGAGUUCAGUUUUUGGAAUGAACCUCUGCCUCGUUCUGGGCCAAAUAUUUACGAAUUGCGGACAUAUAACUUAAAACCUGGGACCAUGAUUGAAUGGGGAAAUAACUGGGCCCGGGCCAUAAAGUACCGCCAGGAGAACCAGGAGGCCGUGGGGGGCUUCUUCUCCCAAAUUGGGGAGCUCUACAUUGUCCACCACUUGUGGGCUUAUCGGGAUUUGCAGUCACGAGAGGAGACCCGAAAUGCUGCCUGGAGGAAGCGGGGCUGGGAUGAAAACGUCUACUACACAGUGCCUCUGGUCCGGAGCAUGGAGUCCCGCAUCAUGAUCCCCUUGAAGAUCUCACCGUUGCAGUGAAGACAAAGAAGAGCAAGGAGGAAGAAAUCAUCUCCAAAUCCUUCUAACGCACAAAUAUAUAUAUAGAAAUAUCAUUUUUUCGGGCCUAGUUUUGGACUAAAACACGGACCGGAUUCCCUCCCAAGCUGGGAGAUCACUGUUGUCUUUUGCUGAGACCCAGUGCCUUGUUCUUGAUCUCUCCCUGGACAUUCCUGCCAUGUCUUAGGCCUCUUUAGACUGUGAUGAAAAGUAUUGGAAUACACUGAAUUGUUUAUGGAAA